UAUCAGAAAUCAGAUGUUUUAUGUUAUUGUGACAAUUUACUGUUAUUUUGAAUUUGAAUCGUUUAAAUAAAUCUACAAAUAACGUAAGUUCAGAAAGCCAACACCAGUCAAAACCAAAGAGACAACGAUUAACUAUAAUUUAUUGUUGGUUUCAUUGUUUAAAGUAGCAAGAAUAUGUUAGAUGACGAACACGAUGAAUUACCACUGGUUUCAGUCGGCAGCGGGAACUAUAACUUAAGUAAUUUUUCAAUGCCACCUGCCGAUGUUCUAGCAUCGCAGAGGGCUCGAGAACAAGAGUGCGAGCGGGAAUUGAGACUACUCCGGGAGCAGCACGCACCUGACGAUGACAAGUGUAACUUGGAGGAGCUUCAGAGCACACCUAGCAACUCGAGUGAGUUGGAUGGGGAGCUAGCAUAUUUAGAAGCUGCAGAUGCACCGACAAGGCUCGUGUCGGUCAACAUGAGCGAUCUUAUAACGCAGCUCAUCGCAAAUCUGCCGGAGAGUGACACACAAUUUUUAAAGGAUUAUCUAAUAGUACUACAACAGAACUCUCCGGAUGUAAUAAAAUUAGUCAACAAAGAGAUGUUACAUAUGAUAGAGGUGGGGCUGGCGGGGGGAUGCGGCUGGCUACAGGGGGCAGUGGUGUGCUGCAGUGCAUGGCUGUGUGUGCAUACAGAGGUAUAA